AACCGGUGGGCGGAGAUGUUUCCGAACAUGAUCGCCACAGCGACGACCACCGACGUGAUCUCCGGCGGCAUGGGAGGAACCAAGAACGGCGCUCUCCAACUGAUGCAUGCGGAGCUCCAAAUUCUGUCUCCCAUGGUUCCGGUGAGACAGCUCAGCUUCCUCCGCUUCUGCAAGCAGCACGCCGAAGGCGUCUGGGCCAUCGUCGACGUCUCCGUCUCCAUCGCCGACUCCUCCCCUCCGCCCUGCAGAAGACUCCCCUCCGGCUGCCUCAUCCACGACAUGCCCAAUGGCUACUCUAAGGUUACUUGGGUGGAGCAUUCGGAAUACGACGAAACCCAAAUCCACGAGCUGUACCGGCCCCUCGUCGGCUCCGGCCUCGGCUUCGGCGCCCCCCGCUGGAUCGCCACCCUCCAACGCCAGUGCGACUGCCUCGCCACUCUCAUCUCCGACCGCGACCAUUCCGCGAUUACGGCGAGUGGGCGGCGGAGCAUGCUGAGGCUGGCGCAGCGUAUGACGGCGAACUUCUGCGCCGGCGUGUGCGCGUCGUCGGUGUACAAGUGGAACACGCUGAACGCCGGUGGCAGCGUCGGGGAGGACGUCCGGGUGAUGACGAGGAACAGCGUGGACGAUCCCGGUGAGCCGCCGGGGACUGUGCUGAGCGCGGCGACGUCGGUUUGGCUGCCGGCGGCGUCGCCGGAGAGAGUGUUCGAGUUCCUCCGGGACGAGCGGCUGAGGAGCGAAUGGGACAUACUGUCCAACGGCGGCCCCAUGCAGGAGAUGCUCCACAUCCCCAAAGCCCAACACCACGCCAACUCCGUCUCUCUCCUCCGCGCCGCCCAGUCUCUGAAUCCGAGUCAGAGCAGUAUGCUAAUUCUCCAAGAGACCUGCACCGAUCCCUCGGGAUCGCUUGUGGUGUACGCGCCGGUGGACAUUCCGGCGAUGCAGGUGGUGAUGAACGGCGGCGAUUCGGCUUACGUGGCGCUGCUGCCGUCCGGAUUCGCGAUGGUGCCGGACGGCGGCGGCGGAGGGUGUCUACUGACGGUGGCGUUUCAGAUAUUGGUUAACAGUUUGCCGACGGAGAAACUGACGGUGGAGUCGGUGGAGACGGUGAAUAAUCUGAUAUCGUGUACGGUGCAGAAGAUUAAAACCGCGCUCCGGUGUCACGAGCCCGCCACGUGACCUGCUGCAGUAUAUCUGAGAUUUCUGACUGCACUUCGCUACGCUUUCCAUUUCACCUUUCUGACCUUGGAGUUUGUGUAAGUUUUCUUUUUCCUUUUUUUUUAUUUCAAUUGUUUAUUAUUAUUAUUUGAAGGGAUGGUGAGAAAACGUGGGGGUGGUAUUGAGUCAAGAACGAACCGCCGGCGCGUUGACUCAGUGGGUGGGUUCGGGUAUUGACUCGAGGAGACCGGCCUCGUGUUGACUCAUUACUCUUAUUUAUUAUGAAUUAUUUCUUUAUUAUUUAUACGGAUAAAAUUGAUGACCCGACCCUCUUUGUUA